UGAGAAUUACCAGAAGCAAAAUCUCCUUAUUGUUGCUAGCUUGAUAUUGCGGUUAGCCCUUGCCGACAAGCAUGAAACUGUCUCGUUUUUUAUAUUUUGUAACUUAUAUGAAUUGCACAUGCUAGCCUUUCAAUUGACAUGUAAUAAAUACGUGUUUGCUUCUACCGCUAACUAAGUAGCUAGCCGCUCCUGUUCGUAAGCUCGCGGGUGAUAAUAUUGCACAGCUAGCUAACGUGUUGUUUAAUAAAGCUAACCAGUUCCAAAUCUGCGCUUUUGCAACGUUAUUUAACCGGCGAGGGAAAUGCAUACUUGCGCGGUCGACGAAAAUACAGGUGCUCCGUCUCUGCAGAUGAAGACAUGAAGACGGAACCAGUGAUUGACAGCUGGGAUGACGCAGGGGUGGAGGCGGGACCAGGCUGGCACAGAGCCGAUGGCGCAGACAGGGUUACUGCUGUGAAUCUGAGUCAGGCAGAGGAAGCAGUACUCGGCCACAUAAAGGAGGAGGAAGGGCAGACUAUUGAAGUGGUGUCUCAGGUGUUUGCCUGCUCCCAGUGCCCAUUCGCUCACCUGGAAGAAGUGAAGCUUCACCAGCACGUUGAGAAGGUGCACCCAGAGGAGCACAGCAGGGUUCUGAGAUCUGGAGGAAACGGAGCAGAGAAGCCACUGCUUCCCAGCAGCACACAUCAGCAACCCACACCCCCUAAAGCACUCCCCACCCCAACACAGGCCCACACAGGCCCUGCAGGGGCCCACACCUGCUCCCAGUGUGGGAAGGGUUUUGGAUGGCAGUCUGAGCUAAUACGACAUGUGCGUACUCACACAGGGGAACGCCCAUACGACUGCUCUCAGUGUGGGAAGAGUUUCAGGCUGGCAUCGCACCUGGCGGUACAUCAGCUGAUUCACACUGGCGAGCGGCCAUACCAGUGUUCCCAGUGCGGGAAGAGCUUCAGAUCUGCCUCUGACCUGACCCGACACCAGCGCACCCACACAGGCGAACGGCCCUUCCACUGUCCCCUGUGUGGGAAGAGCUUCAUUCAGUCCAGCACUCUGAAGAUACACCAGCGGAUUCACACAGGGGAGUGCCCGUUCCCCUGCUCCCAGUGCGGCAAGAGCUUCCGAUCCGCGUCCAUCCUGACCAUUCACCAGCGCACCCACACCGGAGAGCGCCCGUUCCAGUGCGGACAGUGCGGGAGGAGCUUCAGCCAGUCUAGCACUCUGAUCCUACACCGUCGCACCCACACGGGGGAGCGGCCGUACCGCUGUGGGCUGUGUGGCAAGAGCUUCAGCCACUCCAAUUCCCUCACACUGCACCAGAGGAUCCACACGGGAGAGCGGCCGUUUCAGUGCUCUCCGUGUGGAAAGAGCUUCAUCCACUCAAAAUCUCUGACGCUGCACCAACGAACUCACACAGGGGAGCGCCCGUUUCACUGUUCCCAGUGUGCGAAGAGCUUCAGGUUUGCAUCAAACCUCACAAAACACCAGAGGACCCACUCAGGGUAGUUUCAGUAAAACCACCCAUUCUGCUGUCCAAACUUCUCCAUCUGGCCUCUGAAGUGCAGCACAGUACCUUUAGAGUGAUUAUGGUGCAGUGAACAGUGUGUGUGUGUGUGCGUGUGAGAGUCUGGGUCUUAAACUAUCACAGUGUACACCAGUCCUGUACGUGUGGUCGUGUACUCUUAAAAAAUGAUCUUGCGUUUAACACGUUGCGUUUAAUUUGCAUUACCUCUGACACCAGUUAAUUGGAAUGAAUCACCCUCUUAUUUACUCUGGUUGUUGGUGCUCUUUACAUUCUUGGUUUUGAGUUUUUGGCAGUCUCGAAAUAAACGUAUUCAGUAUAUACAGUCCCCUCCAAAAGUAUUGGAACAGCAAGUCAAUUCCUUUGUUUGACAAUUGAGUUUGAGGUCAAAAGAUGAGAUGACAGAUCCGAUUUUCAGCUUUUAUUUCCUGGUAUUUUAUCUAGAUUUGUUGAACAACUUAGAACAUCACCUUUUGUAUCAGACUGACAGUUUUCUUGGUGAAACAAUAAAUAGUUCUGAAUGUCUACUCUUGGUUUUAGCCUUGGGUUUUGCCUAUGAAUAAAAUAUAUAUUAAAAUGAA